AUGUCACCCCUCCAGACUGCUCUCAUAAGACGCAUCGCACCCUCUUCCUGGGCAUCGAGCUCGAGCGUCUCUCGAUCGCGUCUCCCCGCCGUCCUGCUGCCGCUGUCGCUGCCGCUGCCGUUGCCGUUGCCGCUGUCGUCAUCGUCCUCGUCCUCGUCCUCGUCCUCGUCCUCGUCCUGUCGUAGGAGCUCCUUCGAUCCGCCCCGCUCCUUCUUCCACUCCUCCCUCCGUUCCUCGCAAGAUCCUCCAGUCAAGACACCGAUCGGCCAAAUCCAACGCCGACUCCAAAUCACCUUCACCUGUACCGCACCCGUACCCAUCACCGUACCCGAAGCCGUCCCCGCUCGAACCGGAGCUGAAUCCGCAACGCUCACGACGGAGGGGACGGAACCCAAGUUGGGCGUGUGCUCGCAUCGAAGUAGUCAUGAGUUCAGUAAACAGGCUUACGAGAAGGGGUUGGUGUUGAUCGAGUGUCCGGCGUGCAAGAAUCGCCAUUUGAUCGGUGAGCACCUCACCCCCCCCUCGGGAACGCGCCUCGCCAAACUCAAAAAGCUGAUCCUCAAAAAGCUGAUCUUUCGUCUCCCAUCGCAUCCAGCCGACCACCUCGAAUGGUUCGCCACAACACCUUCCGCCGCGCACCCAGACGGACUGGGCUUCAAUUCUGAUUCGACGACCAAGCGAUCACGAACGAUCGAGGAUUUGAUGAGGGAAAAGGGGGAGGAGGUCAAGUGGCUCAAGGGAGGGUCGCAGGGGGAUACGUGGACUGUUGAAGGAUGA